AUGGCCAUCGAGAAGGACCUAUACGUGGCGGUUUUUGGCUAUAAGUUCCUCGAGGAUGACAUUCUAAAUACUGUCGUCUUUGCACAUCAGCCGGGCGGAGAGGAGGAAGAGAGAAUCCAUCUGUCGAUGCGCAAGGCAGAGCGUAGCCCUACAAUUUGUCAAACCAAAGCAAAGCCGAGAUUGUGGAGCCGACUAAGAAAGGAGGAUUGGGAGCAGUUCAUCGAUAUUGUGAAAGAAAUACCCAAGGGAUUUCCAGCACCAAAUUUCAAAAAUUAA